AUGGAAGUCAACAACAAGUGGGCGAACAGCGUCAAACGCAUACGCGAACGCAUAGAGGAGGAGGAAGCGAAACGUCCUCGCACCCAGGUACUGGGGUCACAGCCCACUACCGGCAUACGAAACGCCGCGACGGCACGCGCCGCCGCGCGACACACGCAGCUUACGGAUAGCACCACCGGGCACCGCGCCGCAGCCAUAAGGGCAGUCAACGCCCACGCCGCAGUCGGGACGACACGCGUCGCCUCCAUCCACGACGCCGCAGCGCACAUGACUAAUGUGCAAACUAGACAGCGGAUAUCCGCUGCCCCUACCGCAGUCGCUGCACCCAGCAGCGUCAGUAGCACGCCCUCCUACGUCACCACGCCAGGAUCCGCCGUACAUACCGGUGUCAGCACUACGCGCGCACUCACGGCCGCUACACACUCGACCGUCACGCAUACAACCGCCGCACAUAUGGCAGCUCGACGAGCCGUCUACCACCAACAAGUCGCCGGGCGCACCGCCGCCUGGGCAGAAGCCGCCGCAAGGGCGCACCCUAUCAGGCGUACCGUACCAACGCCCCAGUGUAUUCUCGGCAGGGUAACGGCCGAUACGCGCAAUGCCUUGAUAGUCGCAGCAGAGCGAGCCGGCAGUACCGAAGAGAGUUCCACGAGUAGCAACUCAACAGAAUGCAGUAGCUCAAGCGGAAGUGCGACUAGUUCAAGUGACAGCUCGGACGACUCGAGCGAGGGGCGAGUUGACCCGUCGGCCACUCCGGCCAACGAACAGAUACCCGCGAGGCGAACACCAUCACCGGCCAUCCAACUCUCCUCAGGGGAAGAGACAACGCCGCGGGAGGAGCAAGGGCCAGUACUAGCAUACCCGCCAGGGCCAGGCAGCAUCACAAUAUACCCGGUGGACCUGCGUUCGUUAGAGGGGACACGAUGGCUGACAGAUGCGCUGCCAAAAACAACGCUUACUUCGCGUGAUAACUCUGGCAGAGACGCUAAACAACAACACCAACAACAAACUUCUACAUCGUCAAAUUCACCUGCUCUAGAGAAUAUUACAGCAACAACAACUUCCAAAACAAUGCUUAUUUCGUGUGAUGAUUAUGGUAGAGACAUCAAACAACAGUUAGCUAUUCUACCAACGAUCCACAGUGAGCUCAAAGCGCUUAGUUCUGAGCAAGCGCGUGCAGUCGCGGAACUUCAUGCUCUUCAAGAUGAUAAAAAGCUCUUAAUUGAACAAACAACUAAGUUGCGCUCUGAGUUAUAA